AUGACAUAUAAUAAUCCCUGCGCAGCGGCAGCAGCGGCAACAGCAACGGCAGCAGGAGCAGCAGCAGUAGCAGCCAUGAGAAGUGGGGCGACACUGCGGCGCAGCAGCGCAGCGGUGCUGCUGCCUUCUUCAGAGCAGCACCAGCAGCACGAAGAGCUGCAGCUGCAACAGGAAAUGCUACACCAUCGUCGCAGCAGCAGCUUGCAGGCUCCCCUCAUUAGGUCGCCAGCACCGCAGCCGCCGCAGCAACAACAGCAGUACCACUGGCAGCAGCAGCAGCAGCAGCUGCAGUAUGAAUGGCAGCAGCAACAGUUGCAGCUGCAGCAUCAGUUGUGGCAGCAGCAACAGCAACAGCAGCAGCAGCAGCAGCCCAGUUUUCCCGUGCCUCGACAGCCACUUCCUGCUGCAGGAGAUGCAGCAACAGUGAUCCCUGCUGCUGCUGCUGCUGCUGCUCCUGUUCCUUACGUUGUCCGAGCAGGAGCAGCACCAGCUGCGGUGUCUGCCGCCGUGCCGGCACCAGCAGCUGCACCAGCAGCAGCAGCAGCAGCAGCAACAACAACAGCAGCAGUAGCAGCACAGCCUUGCCCCAUGGCGUGGGAAGAGCGGCUGCUGCAGCAGCUAUGGAGUGGUGCAGCAUACUCUGUGCAGCAGCUUGAUUACAUUGCUGCUAUCUUCUGGCGUUUGCAUGCAGUUGACCAGUUGCUGCGGCCUCCUGCAGCAGCAGCAGCAGCAUCAAUAACACCCACUGCAGCAGCAGUUGCAGCAGCAGCUGCUGCUGCACCACCAGCAACAGCUACCAUCAGCGCUGCCGAGCUGGGGAUGUUUUGGGGGGCAUAUGCGGCGAUGGCGGACGCGCCGUACUGCUGCAGCAGCAGCACCUGUAGCAGCAGCAGCAGCAGCAGCAGCAGCAGCAACAGCAGUAACAACACCCCCCCUACCAUAAUAAGCAGCAGCAGCAGCAACAAGUGCUGCCUUGAGAGGCUGGGCCGGGUUGCUGCUGGGUGCAGCAGCAGAGUGGAUUUGCUCUGCUUCACGCGGCUCAUCGCGCUGCUGGACUGUCAGACCCCUGCAGCAGCAGCAGCACCACUGCGUCUGCGCCUCAUCUUUUCUUACUUUGCCGAUGACUCCCUUUCAGUCUAUCAGCAGCAGACACAGCAGCAGCAGCAGCAGCAGCCCUGUCUGGACGGAAAGCAGCUACGCUGCCUUCAGGGCCGCCAUGUGCAACUCAAAAGCCAGACGAAAGCACAGGCACUGCCGACUUCUCUCGCCGGCUGUCUCACCUUGCUGCGGUGUACGUACACCCCAAUGCUGCUGGAGGCGCAGUUUGUCGCUCUUGUUGAGGCAAACAUCAUUGCCGGGACUUCUCGUUUGUUUAGGAUUUGUUUGUUUGGCGGAGGUGCAGAUACACCUGAACCUCUCUUCGGUCUCGAUGCGCUUCCUUACCCCCCUAAAAUAGUAAAAACAACUGUAGUGUCUGCUGCUGAUGCUGCACCUGCUGUGCUGCUGCUGCUGCUGCUGCUGCGGCUCCUCAUGGGGCGGCCCCGCAUGCGGGUGAGGUCGUUCCCAACCUCCUGCAGCAGCCACAGCAGCAGCAGUCUUUGCUUCAGCUGA